CUUUGGUUACAACGAGUGCGUACAGCAAUGAAUAUACUGCUUUUAASUUCAUCUUUAAGCCUGUUGUGGCACUUAAACGUUGCUACGAUAAUCGACGUUUCACGGAGCAYGAAGGGAGACAUCRUAACWWGUGACAGAUGUACAAUGAAUGGCUGUAGAGGAAUUGGCGGUGACUGUAUMGAUGGAAAGCGAUGUCAGUGUAAACAGGAUCUAUCUACCUACGUACGGCACGUAAAUAGAUGUAUCCCAAACAGCAAUUUAACAAAGACGCUUUUUCGAGAUAAAGGUUGCUCGUACCGCCUGGUUCCUAAUAGUUACCAAAACAGCGAACCACGCGGCUCAAAACCAUGUGCUUUUGAAAAGCUGCGCCUUCACGCUUUGGAUCCUAGGAUCAGCGGUAGCCAGCUGAUUGAUAUAUGUGGUAUAUUUACGUGGAGCGUGUCCUCCUGUGAAGUUAUGUCUGGCGCAUAUUAUGAUUAUGGUACUUGGAAGGACAUUUGGCAUGCGGGCUCAAAUCAAACGACAUUUUCAGUGGUGAAGAAACUUGGUGUAGCGAUAUACUUAAAGUGGAAUAACUCAAUACCAAGUCGUUACAAUGGUUAUAUCAUAUCUCUUGAUGUUCGAUGCAAGAGAAAGUUUAACAGAUCAAACAUCGAAUCUUGUCUGGUUUUCAAGGUUGAGAGAACGAAAACUACUGAAGAAACAGAUCUAAGGACAAGUACAUCUCCACCUASAAAUUACACAGGAAAUCCUAUGAGUGACAAAACGCAGGCUUUCGAAUUGAAGAAAGGUCAGCGGUCGAGUAAUGCUACCACAAUGAUAGUCAUUGGAGUUGUCAGCGGUUUAUUUGCGCUUAUGUUGUUGUUYAUGAUAGUGUGGUGUCUUAAAAAGCGUCGUACUUUAUUUAAACAAUGUAUAAAUGGAAAGCACAAGAAAAGAAGCCAGGAGUCGACGGUCGCCAGGAAUUCCAGUCCUAUGUAUGAUAUGAACGAAUAUCAAUCCGUCAAUCAGAAUGAGACACCAAUAUACACGACGCCUGCUAAGACUAACGGCUAUCAGGAUCUAGUGUUUACAAAAAAUACUUAUCAGUCUCUAGUUCACAAUACAUCAGGUGACGUUCCACCUCCMAGUCCAAUAUAUCAUUUGGUGAAGGAGCCUGGAGAUACCAGCAAUGAUGUCACUGACCAUGAAUAUCAGGUCUUGGAAGGACCAUCAUAGUUCUAACCGUUCUCUUGUUUACGGAUAGAGAAAACCUUUUCUAUAGAGAUGCCGUUAGGUGAACUCAAAAAUACCUCAASAUUAAUUGACCUGCGAACAGUGACUAUUCAUGAAUUUGUACAACGAGGCCGRACUAUGAAACGCUUUGUGUAAUAGUUUUUUAUAUCAUAUGAAKAUCUUGUAAAAUACAAAUAUAUAUCCAAACACGAAAGGCGCAAGUCAAAGUUUCUUUUUGACAAGGUAUUCAGUUAUACUSUUGAGAUCGUGUUUUGU